AUGAAGCUUAAUGCCUGUUCAUUCCUUGGAUUGUGCUUCAUCAACAGAAAUGGAUCGGUGAAGGUUUCCUGCAGUUGCAUCUUUGCCACAAACAGCACAACCAGCCUCGUGACCCCCGACACAAUUGGAGCAGAGUUUAGAGCUGCAACAGAGGGUGCACACUGGUUGGGAAGUGUGUACCAACUGCUGAACACCAGCUUGGCUGUUGCAGAAGAACAGAAUCCACAUCAGGAGAACCAAGUUACUCCUUUCAGUCUGCUGUUCACCAUUAGUAAGCUGUUGUUUUCAUCCGACGUACAAAAUAUGAGCUCCCAGGCACUCAACUCAAGCGUUAUUGCUGAUGUGCUCAAUAAUUUAUAUCGUAACAGCGAGAUCAAUGGAACUUUCUUAAAUUGUAAUGUAUUGUCCCUCAGGCCUGUAGAUCAAGUCACUUCUAAAGUUCAAGCUGUCUGUAAUUUUCAAAAUGAAUCUGCUAUGCGUCAAGUUGACAGGGCUACUGUUUACCACGAGUUCAGAGACAACAGAAACAUUUUGACUUCAGUCGGACUACACUUACUGAACAACUUUACUGUGAAUGGCUAUCAAGAAGCAACACAAAUUACAUUUGUCACAACUAUGAAGCCCAUUGUAUCUGCAGUUUCACCACAAAGUGGGGAUCUGCCAUUUGGUCUUAAUUUCACCAUAAUCAACCGAAAUUUUAUUGAAGAACUUGAAAAUGAGAAGUCCCCUGAGUACAGAAGAAUGGUAAUCAAUAUCACAAUCCUGCUCACUCAGUUAUUUAGCAAAAGUAAUCUGAAGGACAUCUACAGGACAUGUGAAGUUGUUGGCCUUAGAAACGGAUCUGUGAAAGUUAUCUCCAAGAUCUACUUCAAGCCAAACAAUCCCUUUCUUCUGACGGCAGAAAAAGUGAAACGUGAAUUUAAUGAACUGACAAAUGGUACACGGUGGCUGGGAAAUGUUUAUCAGCUCAGAAACAGCAGUUUAUCUGUGGGAAAAAGUUCCAACAGCCACAAUGGUGAAGGCCAUUUACUGGGAAUUCCACGUGACUCCUUCAACCUGAGGGAGUCCACACCGUUGGGCAGUCUCUGCGGCUGGCUCUGGCUGCGGGGAUGGAUCCUUGGGAAUAAGGGCAUUGGUGACACCAUGUCCACAGAAGCAAUGAGAGCCAACUAA